GUUAGUUCGGCGGUGCGGCGGUUUGGCGUCUAGUGAGCCGGCUGGUCGAGGGGUGGCGGUGCGGUAGUGUCGCGCCGAAACAACCCUCAGUCUAAAAGCUACCGCGGUCGGGUGCGUGUCUUUACUAACGUCUUUCUGCGCGAUUAUUUGCCGCAUACGUCCAUUUACGUUUCUCUUAAUUGUGUAUUGUUCUGGACCUGACCUCGGAUGCCCUGCUCGAGUAUCAUAGUGCGGUUCUUUGUCGAUCCAACAGAUUGAAGGUCAAGUUAACUUCCGGAGCGAGUUGACGAAUCAGCGGAGGAGUAUCUAAACGGACGCGUUACCAGAGAUCAUCGUUUCGAUGACAGUUGCCAGCGGUGGACGUUAAAGUGAUACACGAGCCACCGAAAGGAUCCUUUGCUCGCGAAAGCGAACGAGAAGUGGUAAGCAGGAAGAUGAGAGUCCGUGAGAGUUGAAGUAAAAACCUGCACAACGAAUAGCAACAGCCUGCCUCGUCCAUUGCGACCAGCCACAUAUCUCACGUUAAGAUGACAUAGAAUGGGUUGGGUGGCGCUAGGGCGGUGUGCGGGUGGUGGCGGCCGCCUCUCGUCCGUCCUCUCGCUGUCUCUCACCUCCCUCGCAAGCUCCCUCAUCUUCACCAUCCUCUGUAUCCUCACACUUGCCCUCACUCUUGUCACUCUCGUGCGUGCCGAAGACAUCCAUAACGAAUUCACUCGAAAGAGAACGACGCGCGUUUCGUACAGAUCGCGUGCGACAAGCGCAUUCUCAGGAAAACCGAUCUUCUUGGACACCUCGAAGGUCAAGGUCGAGGCUCGCGACAAAGCGAACUGCGGGUUAAUCUGCGGAUCGACCUUCGGGGUGGCUAGAGAGAGAGAACACUCGAUGAUCGGGGGUGAAAACCGAGGAAAGGAAUGGAAAGGAAAGGAAAGAGGAAAGGAAAGGAGAAAGGAGAAAGGAAAGGAAAGAGAAAGAAAAGGAAAGGAAAAAUUCCGUCGUGGAUCCGGUGGUUUCGGGGCUAGCUACAAUACGUUGUGUUGCAGUUUCGAGGAGGGCAAGUCGGACAAGGAGAUACUGGACAACCUGCUGCUGUCGACCCGUUACGACAAGCGGCUUCUGCCCCCGGUCCAAGAUGCGGAUUUCUGCUGCGGAAUGCGAUGGCCUGGUGACGCCACCGGCCUGUCGAACCGGUCGUCGACCUCCUCUAACGACCCCAAGAACCAGUACAAGAACCAGAACAAUAACCACUACACGUCGCACCAACACCUUCGCACCCACCUUCGCGGAACCUUGACCGUAAACGUGAGCGUGCUCUUGUUAAGUUUGGCUUCUCCCGACGAGUCCAGUUUGAAAUACGAGGUGGAAUUCCUGCUGCAACAACAGUGGUACGACCCGCGAUUACGAUACAGCAAUCGGUCGCAGUACGAGUACUUGAAUGCGAUUCAUCAUUACGAUGAUAUCUGGUUGCCGGACACGUACUUCAUAAUGCACGGAGACUUCAAGGACCCGCUCAUACCAGUUCAUUUUGCCCUUCGGAUAUAUCGCAACGGCACGGUCAACUACCUUAUGCGGCGUCAUCUCAUCCUAUCCUGCCAGGGUAGACUCAAUAUCUUCCCUUUCGAUGACCCACUGUGUUCAUUCGCGAUCGAGAGCAUAUCGUACGAGCAAUCGGCGAUCACGUACGUGUGGAAAAAUGACGAGGGUACGUUGCGGAAGAGUCCUAGUCUAACGUCGCUGAACGCAUACCUCAUUAAGAACCAGACAAUCACGUGUCCGAUCAAAGUAAGCUGGAGAGCUGAGGGACAGAUCGUGGUCGACUACGAGGACGAGUUCGAUGAAUUUGGGGACGCAAAGUGUUCGCUGUGCCAGCGCAGAUUUGAGGAGCAAGGUAACUACAGCUGCCUGAAGGUGGAUCUGAUUUUUACGCGAGAUCGUGCCUUCUACUUCACAACAGUCUUCAUCCCGGGUAUCAUUUUGGUGACCAGCUCCUUCAUAACCUUCUGGCUUGAAUGGAAUGCGGUGCCAGCGCGAGUAAUGAUCGGUGUGACGACGAUGCUCAACUUCUUCACGACGUCGAACGGUUUCCGCUCGACGCUGCCCGUCGUGUCGAACUUAACUGCCAUGAACGUGUGGGAUGGCGUUUGUAUGUGCUUCAUCUACGCCAGCUUGCUCGAGUUCGUCUGCGUGAAUUACGUCGGCCGUAAACGGCCGAUGCACAAUGUCGUCUAUCGUCCUGGAGAGAAUCCCGUCACCCAGCGGCUCCCAGCGGUGCUCAGCAGGAUAGGGAUAAUAUUGGCCAGCCCCUUGGGUAAAAAGAAGCGAGAGGGCGGUCCACCGACCGGAGCUACGACAGGACCGAACGAGAUCGUAACCUGCACCAAUUGUGGACCCAACCCUUGCACGCACACGACCACCAAUGGAUGCACAGCCGAGCUAAGAAAAAAGGAACCACCGCAUCCGAUAAGAGUGGCAAAGACGAUCGACGUGAUAGCAAGAAUCACUUUUCCGGUCGCCUAUUUCAUGUUCCUCACCUUUUUCUUCAUCCACUACAAAGGCACCUCGUAGACCAACACCAGAGGCAACAGUCCAGAAGAAUUCCACCGUUGAUCAUCGGAGGCCGCGUCACUCGGCGUGGCUCUAUCUCAAGUCGAAUUUCAAUUGUCGAAGAGAAGCGUCGAAGCUAGAGAACCAAAGGGGAGCAGACACGUGACGCGUAGGUCAUCUGGAAAGUGUGUAUCGAAAUCGGAAGGGACGAACUCGUCGGAUAAACUGGACGGUCGAAGAAAGUGUUCGGCGAUCUCUCCGCCGCUCGAGGAAGCGAAACAUCGUCGGAGAAAGGAUUCGCGAGAAAGUGUGUUUCGAUGUCGAUGCAUGAAACCAGAAAUGAUCGCGUCUGUACGUAGGUGGUAUUCCGUGGAAAACAAAAAUGUACUUACUAACGAUAUGACGUACGAAACGGUAUCGAUCGGCGCGUGAUCGAGCGAAGAUCGUGCCGAAGUCUUAGGCUGUCUUUUCUUUGGCUUCGAAGGGCGAAGAAACGGGGAGAGCAAGAGAAUUUGGUGGAUUCGCCUCUUCCUCAUCUUUUCUCACAUGUGAUAAUUCUUAAAAGCACUCUUUAUCGAAAAAGCGAAAAGCAAGCUUGGGUCCGGUGAAUAGUCGACGAAGGGCAUACAUACGAAGAGAAAUAGGGUACGAGAGCGAGAAAGAAGCGAAUGAAAGGGAGGGAGAGAAAGAGAGAGAGAAAGAGAGAGAGAGAGCGAGAGAGAGAGAGAGAGAGCGAGAGAUAGAACGAAAACGCGGACACACUCUUUAAAAAUCUUUCUUCUACUAUCGGAUAUAGUGAUGUCGCUAAUUCGAGAAUGCUUCUGAAAACUAGCUAAAAAGGAAAAAAAAGAAAUCAAAUUUACUUAAUUAAGGAAUGUUAUUACUUGUAAUCUCACUAUAAAUAGGUAAGGUCGAUGUAAGUGUCGUCCAUGAAAUCGCUAACUCGUGAUUCGCCUUUUACUUAAAUAUCGACCUUUUUUCUGUACUUUAUCGUGAUUACGAUACCGUGGCAAAAAUCAACGUGAUCGCAAGUUAGCUCUAUAUUCGUAGACCUUUAAAAAAAGACGUUCGCUUUCAAUCGAGGGAGCAGGGCUGCGAAGCAUACAAUUCCGUUGUACAAAAAGAAAAAAAAUAUAUAUACAUAUAUGAUAUAUAUAUACAGACACACAUACAAACAUGCGCAUGCACACACACAGACACGCACACACACACACAUAUACACACACUACACAUACACACAUAAAUAUAGUUAAUCAAUCGUCGUUUCAUCGAAGCUUUUCACUGUAGGUACAUACGUAUACUUAUAAUACGAUAUGUAUCCUUCUCUCAAUCAUUCAGGGUAGCAUUCGCAUAAAUAGCUUUUACGAUUUAUAUUCUACCUGUACGAUCAGUGCAGUUCAAGGAAAGCGAAGCGAAUCGAUGAGGUCGUAACAAAAACGAGUCCCGUCGAAUUUUUCAAACCUUCAGCUAAUAACGAGUGCAUUCUAAUAGCCAGAAGUUAUCCUGACCACGAAUUAAGUAGAAUCGGUAUUGUAAAAUUAACUAUACAUGUCUUGCUUUAUCGUCGAAUCGGUUCUUUAAAAAUUGUUGUUACGAGGUCAAGAACUUCGUGAUUUAAUUUAGUAUAAUUCCUCUGUGAUACGAUCGAAGAUACACUUGUAGAGAUUAUAUAACGUGAUGAGUAUUUCGUUUAAUUAAAUUGGGAUAUAUUAAAGAGAAAUGAACGUUACAAUAGGACUAUCAAACCAGUCACGACGACUGUUAUCGGAUUUGUUGAUUUUGUAAUUGCUAAAAGUGUUUUUGGUAACAUUAACGUUUACUUAUCUAUUUUUGUCAUACUGUUUUAAUUCUAAUUAAACAUGUAUAACAUAUUUAGCCUGCGCAUCGAAGAGUACUAUUUUGCUUUCUUGGAAAAAGACAAACACGAAUAGGGGUAGUUUUCGUUACGAGACCUUCGACUCGUUUGACAUAGAAAAGAACAGAUUCGAAUUGACCCAUUGAAUUCCACGAACAAAUUAAUCUUGCGAAUUUCCUUUUAAUUUCUCUUCGUUCUAAACGAAAUUCGAACGUACGAACAAAACUUGAUCGAUGAUGAUAGAUGAUGAUCAUAUUAACGACAAAACGAUAACACACACAGGGAGGAAUUAACUUAAUACGGGUAAAGCUUGCGAUUAGCUUAGAUUUAACGAAGUGCCCAUAUUCGAUGCUCGAGCGACGCUGAUGCUUUGCCCGCGAAACAUACAAUUUAGGAAGAACGUAGAAAGAGUAACAAAAGUCAAGUACGCCGCUCGAUACUUUUUGAAACGAUGAACUUCAGUGGAAGAAACAGCGAGGCGGCUGAAAGAAAUUUUUAGAAUAUAAUUCCAGAGUUAACAUUCGAUGUUUCUUCGAGUAAUCUGCGCAUCUUUAGAUAUACAAUUACUAUUAUUACUGUUA